AUGCAGUUUGAUGGAAUGGCAAAACGUUCGCCAGCUUUUCAUCUUGGUCCGCAUGUACGUAAAUGUCGUCGGUAUACGGUGGCUCAAGAUAAAUUAAGAUCAUAUUGGACAAAACCAGUUCGUCGAUGGUUCAAUGAUCAUGGACUCAAAUUAUUAGAUUUGCCAUAUCAUUUGCCAUAUCAUUUGCCUGAAUUCAAUGCAAAUGAAAAUGUUUGA